CUGAAACUAAAUAUCUUUAGUGUACGGCCAACUUCAAAAAAGCGAAAAGGUCCAAACAUCAGUCCUGCGGCAAUUCUGAAGAGAAGUCUUGGAAGCACACAGGAGAGAGACUUUCGUAUCACCAGCGGAAAUGAAGAUGUUCUCAGUUUGCGGGUUGAUCGUCCUGGUCCUGGUGGUGUCAACAAAAGGUCAGACCAAAUAUUGCUGCUCUCUUGAUCAGUUUGAGGGAGUGUUGUCCAGCGUGACUAAAACCACUGUCGGUGGUGUUGACGGUCUCUUUAAGAACAUCAGCUAUAUCUUCUACGACUACACCAACAAUCGUUUUGCGAUGUUUGUCAACGACACAACUCCGAGUGGAACCAGCGAGUCCUUUGUGUUGCAGCUGUACACAGAAACUGGCGCAAAGAUUUACAAAAAGAAUUUGCGAUCGGGAGACUGCAGUGUAGAAGUGAACUCAGAACGUUUUCCACGACAUUGUGUUCCUGAUGAAGCUGAGAAGAUGGGCAUCGUCUCAUACGGCACGACUGACAACCCUCUCUAUGCUGGAGCUUACCUGCUUAAAGAAGACACGGACAAGGGUCCACUGGAAAUCGUUAUCACUACCACGGCUGACGACGAUUGUGCACCGAUCUCCUUGGUAAUCUCUGGACCUUUAAACGGAGUGCCGCUGCUGCUUGUGGCAGGAUAUGUGAACAUCAGGCCCGGCAUCUCCGACGCUUCUGUCUUCAACGUGCCGCCAGAGUGUCAAGGCGCUCCAGAGAGUCGACGACGCUCGGCCAGUGUUGUCUCCAACAGCUUCUUCCUCCCUUAAGAAGGACCCUGCUACCAUCAACCCGACUGACACCCAGAAAUGAAAUUCCUCCGACAUUCCACUGGCGUUUUCUUCAAUGGUUAGCAGCUUUUAGCUUUUAGUCUUUUGUGUCCAUCCGGACCUUAUACCCGACCUCCAACUCCUAUUUCCUAUUAUUCUAAGCCGCUGAGUAGUGUUUACAUUUUCAAGGUGUAAUAAAUGAAUUAUUUCAA